UCACGAGAGCCAGGUUGCAACGGUCAGUUGAGAUUAAGUGCUAGUGACAUGUUUGGCAGGCUUGCGGGCAGAGAGUUGGGUGAUUCCCUGCUUGAUCCCGUGAUUUGGGGGCUGGAUGAUCAUCCAAGCCUUAUGGAAAAUCUCACAACCAAAGCUAAAACACGCAAAACAAGCAAGCAUUGGAGCGCCAGAGCGCGAUAUAGCAUAGGCUAGGUGCCAUGAUGAGCGUAGAGCUCUCUUGAAAGAAAAGAGAGCGAGAGAUGAAGCCGCUGCUGGUGGUGGUGGUGGUGGCGCUAGCGGCGGCGGUGGCGGUGGCGCUAGAGGUAGGAGGUGAUCUGGGCGCUCAGCAGGAGGUGGAAGCGCUACUGGCAUUCAAGCAAUCCGCGGAUUGGAAUGGUGGAAGGCUAAGGAGCUGGGGGAGAGGAAGCAACCUGUGCACGCAAUGGGUGGGCGUGUCGUGCGUCAAGGGCCGCGUUUCCAAGCUCGUCCUGGAGGAUUACGAUCUGGUGGGGGGCAUCGACUCGCUGCUGCGCUUGCGCUCCCUCCGGCUGCUCAGCCUCAAGAACAACGCGCUCAAUGGGAGCAUUCCUCCCGACCUGACCAACUGGAGGAAUGUCAAGUUCGUCUUCUUGGGCGGCAACCAUCUCUCCGGAUCCAUCCCAAGAUCCAUCUCCCAGCUCCCUCACCUCUGGCGGCUCGAUCUCUCCAACAACAGGCUCUCGGGUCCAAUCCCCAGCUCCAUGGACGCGCUCACGAAUCUCCUCACGCUGCGUCUCGAGGGGAACGAGCUCUCGUCCGCGCUCCCGCCGCUCGCCCAUCUCACCAUGCUCAACGAUUUCAACGUCUCGGCCAACCAGCUGCGAGGUACCAUCCCCAAAACUCUCGAGCGUUUCAAUGCUUCCACCUUCGCUGGCAAUGCGGGGCUGUGUGGCUCGCCUCUCCCGCGCUGUGCUAGCAUUCUAGAGCCACCAUCGCCAGCACCCUCUCCGGACCAUACCAUCGGUCCACCACCACCAUUUCGCGCCUACGUUCCAUCCUCUCUGGCCAUGCCUUCGCAUUCCAAUGACACGAGCAGUACUCCAGCGUCCACCACGACGCAUUCACGCAAGAAGCAGCAGCAGCUAAGCACCGGAGCCAUCAUCGCCAUCGUAGUGGGCGAUGCCGUCGUGCUGGUGCUCAUGACUUCGAUGUUCCUCGUCUACUACUGGCGAAGGAGUGGGCGACGUGGUCGUAAGUUCGAGGACAGGAGCAGCAGCAGCGCGUCCGGAUUUGGAUCGCAGCUGGAUCAGCAGAGCAAGAACAGCACGUACGCGUCCAAGCCAAGAACAGUCCCCGCGGCCGCCAGUGCCGUGGAAUUCGACACGGAUCACCCCGUGUCCGUGUCCUCCAUGAUCAGCAACAACACCAACAACAAGCUCGUCUUCGUGGGUGGCGGUGGUAGCGGACAAGCUCCCAGCUUCGAUCUGGAGCAUCUCUUGCGAGCCUCGGCGGAGAUGCUCGGCAAGGGGAGCCUGGGCUCGGCGUACAAGGCCAUGCUCGUCGAUGGCUACGUCGUGGCGGUGAAGCGGCUCAAGGACGUGACUUCCACCAGCCGGAAGGAUUUCGAGCAGCACAUCGAGUUGAUUGGGAGGAUGCGAAGCCCGCAUCUGGUCCAGCUCCAGGCGUACUACUACGCCAAGGAUGAGAAGCUCCUCGUCUACGACUACAUGCCCAAUGGCAGCCUCCAUAGCUUGCUCCAUGGCAACCGAGGACCAGGACGUGUACCGGUGGAUUGGACCACCCGGAUCAACAUCGCGCUUGGAGCUGCGAGAGGUCUGGCGUACAUCCACCAAGAGAGCGGCUCUCACAAGAUACCGCACGGGAACAUCAAGUCGAGCAACGUGUUCUUGGAUAGAAACGGGGUGGCGCGCAUCGGGGACUUCGGCCUGGCGCUGCUCAUGAACUCGGCGGCUUGCUCCAGGCUGGUGGGAUACCGGGCUCCGGAGCACUGCGAGACGAGGAGGAUCUCGCAGAAGGGCGACGUCUACAGCUUCGGCGUGCUGCUGCUGGAGAUCCUGACGGGGAAAGCUCCGGUGCAGCGCGACGGCGUGCAUGAUCUCCCGCGCUGGGUGCAGUCGGUGGUGCGGGAGGAAUGGACAGCCGAGGUGUUCGAUCUGGAGCUCAUGAGGUAUAGAGACAUCGAGGAGGAGAUGGUGGCGCUGCUGCAGACUGCCAUGGCCUGCGUCGCUCACUCGCCGGAUGCGCGGCCCAAGAUGAGCCAAGUUGUCCGGAUGAUCGAGGAGAUACGCGGCGACGCAUCCCCGGAGUCGUUUGAUUCUCAGUCGCAGCUCUCCUCGUCUCAAUCGGAAGGAGCAUGAUCUCAUCGACGAGCACGAACUUGUGUAACUCUAUCUAUGCAAAGUGUAGAGCAAAGAUUCAUGGUACAAGUUACGGAUAAAACACAAAGCUGGCAUGUUCUUCCGUUCGAUAUAAUCCUCGUCUCUCAGUCGGAAGGAACAUGAGCUAAGAACUUGUGUAACUCAAGAAUAGAUCGAUCAAUGCAAACUGUUAGAGCAA